UGCUUGUUACAAAGUGCAAACCUGACCUAAUAAGUGGCAGUACUAUUAAGUAAAUUGUAUUCUCUAUUCUCCAAAUUAAUGUUUCUUCAAAAAAGUUAAAAAAAUUUACUUCAUAAUUUGGCAAAAAUUUUAAUUUAUGUAUUUAUGAAAACUUUUGUCUUACCUGUCAUAAAUGUUUAUAGCUUUUUAAAAAAAGAAAAUAUAUAUUAAACUAGAAGCAGUAAAAUCCUAAAAGUAAUUGGCAUAGACGCUUCAUUUUAAAUAUUUCAGUUGAAAGAAAAAAACCAUAAAAAAAUUUUCUUAUAUUACGCAGACACGGAUAUUGAAAGAAGAAAUGAGCACGAUUUCCAAUGUGGAAAAUUUGUCACCUCAAACCAUCCGUCAAGUGAUGAAGGAAAUGCAAAGCAUGGUCGAGCAUCCUUUAGAAGGGAUAAAGAUUCAAAUCAAUGAUGCCGAUGUCACCGAUAUCCAGGCAUUAGUAGAUGGACCGGCUGGUACACCAUACGCCGGCGGCAUUUUUCGGGUUAAAUUAGCGUUAGGCAAAGACUUUCCACAAUCUCCACCAAAAGCCUUUUUCUUAACAAAAAUUUUUCAUCCAAAUGUUGCUAGUAGUGGUGAAAUUUGUGUCAACACUUUAAAAAAGGACUGGAAGCCUGAUUUAGGCGUAAAACAUAUUUUAUUGACUAUUAAAUGCCUUCUAAUUGUACCCAAUGCUGAAUCUGCCCUAAAUGAAGAGGCUGGUAAACUAUUGCUCGAACGUUAUGAUGACUAUUCACAGCGAGCAAAAAUGAUGACCGAAAUUCAUGCGCAAGCGGCCAAAACAGCCGACACCAAAGAUGAUGAUGGACCCAGUUCUAAGAAGCAUGCUGUUGAUAAAAAAUUGCAAGAUAAGAAGAAAGAGAAAUUAAUCAAAGAAAAGAAGCGCAUGCUUAGACGAUUAUGAGGCAAAUGUUUAUGCACUGGACGUUCCUAAAUUUUGAACUGUUCAAAGCGCGCUGAAACCCUGACCUUUGUGUUAUGUUUCCCUUUAAUCAUACAUACAUCACAUUAAAUAUUCUUGCAUCAUCUACCCCUAGAAAAUACUUGCUAGGCUAUGCUAUUAAAACACAAGAAACUUGUUCUGUCUUAAAUAGUCUUAGAACGUAUACCAGUGGACUCGAAAACCUUUAUAAGUCAAACCUAUGAGAUACAAUCACUUUCAUUCAUUUGUAACAAUUAGAAGCAACAUCAGUAAGAAUUUUAAUUUUAAUUUAAUGAAAACGUUUCUCAUAUGUUAUACGAUAUUGUUUGUGUUAAAAUCAACAUUUAAAAAAAGAAUACAUAUAUUUACACAUUGUACUAUAUAAAAAAAUGUA